UAUUGGGAAUUUUUCGGCUCAUGGAAUAGGUCUCUUUUUUUUAUUGGUAUUUUAAUACUAAUAGCUAUUAAAUCUACAUACAUACAUAUAUCUCCCUCUAUAUCUGCGCGAGACUGUGGAGAAACUUAUUUUGUCAUUUUUAUAAACAUCGAUUGCUUGUGGCAUACAUCGAUAUCUAGUUUUGAAAUUCUCUUCAAGACUUUGUGAAGAAAGGGAGACACAAAUACAUAUACGGCAGAGAGUAAAACUAUUAAGCGAUAGAGAAAAACCUGAAGACCAGAAAUAAUUAUAUUUUUUCUUAGAGGUUUUUUCUCUUAAAACAUCGAUAUCUUCAAACAUCGACGUUUUUCGUUAGCUCGCAAAAAUAUUAUGAGCCGCAUGUGCAGUCAACCAACAUUUUGAUUUUGCUGUCAAAAUACAAAGUCUCCGAAAAUUUCUUCUAAAGAAAUUGUAAAUUAUCUCUAUCCUCGAUUUAAUCUACCCACGCCGCUAUUUCUGCUUUAAAAUGAUUCAAAAUUUACCAACUGAGAUCAUUGACAAAGUGUUUGGAUACCUGGAAGAGAAAGAAAAACUGAUUUUGGCCCAAGUAAACAAAAGACUUGAAUGCACCUAUGCUUACCACGUUAAAGAAAAAUAUAGGUGUCUUUUCGUCCGCGAAGACAUAAACUCGCCUGGGUUCUAUACAGACACCGAAUUACGUGUUAUUCUGUCUUCAUGCGGAUCAACUGUUAAUUUUAUUUCAAUACAAUGUACUGAGGUUAUGGAUCAACUAGGAGAACUCAUAGAAAAGUACUGCAUUAACCUCAGAUAUGCCUAUUUGAUGAUAAACAAUGAAAAUUUCAAUGCGUUCAAACGUGUUUUAAACAAGACAUGCAUAGAAACGCUUAACUUAGAUAGUUUCCAUUAUCGCGGAACGGAUCUCAUCCAGUACGUAAAUCCAUACUGUAAAGAUUUGAAGCUAGAGAGAAUUUCGAUGGCCCAGGAGCAUCAUAUACGGCAACUGAUUCAUUUGGAAAAACUGUAUGUGGAAUCGUACUAUGUACGAAAUAUUUUCGAAAUAUGCUCCCAUCUUCCGAAACUUCGCGAAUUCACUACUACCUGUUUUGAAUAUCCAACCGAUUUAAAACAGGAUUAUUUAUAUCCUGAAUUAGAAACGCUGACACUUCAGUAUUUCGAAAUUAAAUUAGAUUUGCCAAUAUGUCCGAAACUAAAACAAUUGAUGUUGAUUUUUACUGUGAGCUACGUUGAAAACAUUGGUGACAUUAUUUCAAAGUACGGAAACACAUUGGAGUAUCUAGAUUUAUCGCCUUCUAUGCGGAGCAAACAAUAAUAGUUCUCAGAAAAUGUAAGCGGUUGCAGUCUAUUAGCACCAGAAAUGCAAUUAUACGAUACUUAUUCGUCGAAUUUCUGGGAUCAUUAAUUACCGUUUUAAAAGAAAAUGGUUUUAACACAGAGAGACGUCUGCAAUUGGAAGGGGACUUGUGUGAAGUCGAGCAGCUUAAGCUGGUAUUGAUGGAAAAGUUCCCAAAUUCCGAAGUGUGGAACAUGAUUACGCUGAGUCAAUUCAUAUAUUAACUGCACCAUCAAGUCGUCCAUGCUAAUCGAAUACAACACUAAUUUAUAAAUUAAUUGUUCGGAAGCCAAAAUAAAACAAAAACAGAACAAGAGAAUAAAGGAAUUGAUGCGAGAAU